ACUGGCUCGCACCUGGCUCCAGGCAGCCGCGGGAUAAGGCUUCGCCUGCCACGAUUGCGCAGGGAGCCAGCUGGUGGAGACUGGGAACUUGCCUGCAGGCUUCACCUUCUAGCAACAAGGGCAGGUCACUGGAGAUCUGGGGACAAGGAUGGCCAGACUGCCCUUGGCUGUGAGUGCUCCUCGGUGCCCCUGGGGCUGAGGCUGAGCUGGUAGCCAUGGGGCUGGGCAGGCUCCAGGCUUGGAUGCUGCACCUGCCUACGGCCGUGGUCUAUGGCUCCCUGGCUCUCUUCAUCUCCGUUCUGCACAAUGUGUUCCUGCUUUACUAUGUGGACACCUUUGUCUCGGUGUACAAGAUCAACAAGACUGCCUUCUGGGUUGGAGAGACGGUGUUUCUCCUCUGGAACAGCCUCAAUGACCCCCUCUUCGGCUGGUUGAGUGACCGGCAGUUCCUCAGCUCCCAACCUCGGUCGGGUGCCGGGCUCUCCUCGAGGGCCGUGGUGCUGGCACGGGUGCGGGCCCUGGGCUGGCACGGGCCACUGCUGGCGGUGUCAUUCCUGGCAUUCUGGGUGCCCUGGGCCCCAGCUGGCCUGCAGUUCCUGCUGUGCCUGUGUCUCUAUGAUGGUUUCCUGACUCUCGUGGACCUACACCAUCAUGCCUUGCUGGCUGACCUGGCCCUCUCUGCCCACGACCGUACCCAUCUCAACUUCUACUGCUCCCUCUUCAGUGCGGCUGGCUCCCUCUCUGUCUUUGCCUCCUAUGCCUUCUGGAACAAGGAAGACUUCUCUUCCUUCCGCACCUUCUGCGUGGCACUGGCCACUGGCUCCGGGCUGGGCUUUGUGGGGGCCACACGGCUGCUUAGGCGGCGGGUUGAGGCGGCCGGCAGGGAGCCGGAGUGCUCAGCCCUGGCUGCGGAUGGCAGCCUAUGUGGAGACGAGCUCUUUGCGGGCUGCAGGGAGGCAGCCAGCAUCACUUUGGGCCAGUACCUGCAGCAGCUGGCACGCCACCGGAACUUCCUGUGGUUCGUGGGCAUGGAUCUGGUGCAGGUAUUUCACUGCCACUUCAACAGCAACUUCUUCCCCCUCUUCCUGGAGCAUCUGUUGUCGGAUCACAUCUCCCUGUCCACGGGCUCCUUCUUGUUGGGCAUCUCCUAUGUUGCUCCCCACCUCAACAACCUCUACUUCCUGCCCUUGUGCCGGCGUUGGGGCGUCUAUGCUGUGGUGCGGGGGCUCUUCCUGCUCAAGCUGGGCCUGAGCCUGCUCAUGCUGUUGGCUGGCCCUGACCGCCCUGGCCUGCUCUGCCUCUUCAUUGCCAGCAACCGUGUCUUCACUGAGGGCACAUGUAAGCUGUUGACGCUGGUGGUCACAGAUCUGGUGGACGAGGACCUGGUGUUGAACCACCGUAAGCAGGCGGCCUCAGCUCUUCUGUUUGGCAUGGUGGCCCUGGUGACCAAGCCAGGCCAGACCUUUGCCCCGCUGCUGGGCACCUGGCUGUUGUGCUUCUAUACAGGUCACGAUCUCUUCCAGCAGCCCCCGCUGGCCCCUGUGGGGAGCGCCCAGCCCUGGCCAGAGCCCCCGGCCCCACCCCCGGCGCAGGCCCCAUCGCUCCGCCAGGGCUGCUUCUACCUGCUGGUGCUGGUGCCCAUCACCUGUGCCCUGCUGCAGCUGUUCACGUGGUCCCAGUUCACGCUGCACGGGAGGCGCCUGCACAUGGUCAAAGCCCAGCGCCAGAACCUGUCACGGGCCCAAACCCUGGAGGUUAAGAUGGUGUGAGAGGUGGGCACGGCAAGGCCAUCCUGCUGACGACACCGUCUGCAGCCCUGGCCAGGAGCCACCUUUGCCAGUCCCUCAUCCUGCUGCUGUGCCUUCCGGGGCGCAGCCUGGAGGACAGAUGGCAGGCAGAGUGGGAGCCUUCUGAGGCUGAGCCGGGAGCGUCACUGGGUUCUAAGUUCCUGCUUGGCUGUCUGACCCAGCUCGGGCAACGGCUGGGCUGUAUGUGCUCAGGGACCUCUACCCCCUAUGGGGCAGGAGGAAGAAGAGGACCAAGAAGGGAUGGGGCCAUCCUGUGGUCAUGGGGCUGCUGCGAGGCAUGGAGGCCUAUCCCAUACCUGCCUGGGGCUGGUGCUCUGUGCUGUCUAGAAGCCACUUUCACCCACUCAGGGGAAGCUGGGAGUCCCACCGCCCCCUCCCUCCACCUUUCCAGUGGCUUCUCUGAGCCGUCUGCUUCAGCGGUGCCUGAAGGAGUGUGCCCUAGCUGCUGCAGGGCUUCCCCACCCCCACCUGGCCUCCAAAAGAGGCUCAUUUCAUCGCAGCUCAAUUAAAGUCAGUCAUUUCUAUUCCCA